AUGAGUAUCGAGAAACGAAAACUUGUCGAAGAACUUCACGCAUCGGAGCGAAGAAAUUUUCCACGUCGUCGCGUCGUGGUGCACGAUCGUGAUGAUUUAUGGCAGGCUCAUGUAGGCGAGAUGCGUCCUUAUGCGCGAUUCAGCAAAGGUUACAACUACAUUUUAACAGUUAUCGAUGUAUUGAGCAAGUAUGCGUGGCCAAUAACACUCAAAAGUAAGAGCAGAAGCGACGUAACCGCAGCAUUAUCUAGAAUAUUUCGCGAAGACGAGCGAUACCCACGCAACCUGCAGACGGAUCAAGAAAAGGAAUUUUACAACACCACUGUGCAGAAAAAAAUUGUGAAGAAGUACAACAUUGUUACGUCCGAACUGGCGUGUUUGUCGCGAUUGUUGUGUUUCGAGACGCGGCAUAAAUCUCGUGGAACGCGGACGCGGAGCGGGGGCGCGCGGGGCGAAGCCUUAGCUUCUACAGAAAUGACGUUUUCCUAA